AUGGACACUAGUUGGAUUGACUUCCGAAAAUGGAAUACCCGUUAUUAUAACGGUUGCAUGGAAUUUUUAGAGGUUGCAAAGGAGACUCUUCUAAAGGGAAAAACUCGAUGCCCGUGUAACAAAUGCAAGUUAAAUAAAUGGUUUGACUUAGGCGAGGUAGGAGGACACAUUUUAUUUAACGAUUUUUAUAAGAAUUAUAGGCAAUGGAUUUUCCAUCGUAGAGUUGAAGAGAGUAAUACCUUAGAGAUCCCUAAUGAUCAAGAAAAUGUAGUUGGUCGAGAUGAUAUGAAUGGGUUACUAAGAGCAGCUUUUAAGGUUGACAAUAGUCCACAACCCACCAACGAACCCCAAGACCCAUCAUUAAGUGAAGCUAAUUUUGAAGAUGAAUAUUCGUAUGACAUGCAUGAUGAGUUAAAUUUUGAAUGUGAGGAAGAUGAUGAAUUUCCAUCAACCAACACCAACGAAGAAGAAGCGAAGUAUAAACUACUUAGGGAAGCUUCUGAUGAGGGUCUAUAUGAGGGGUGUACAACUUUCUCAAAGCUGUCGUUUCUAUUGCACUUGUUUUACCUCAAGUGUAUGUUCCAUUGGUCUGCCGCAUCAUUUAAUAAGUUGCUUGAGCUUCUAUUAGACGCAUUUCCUUAUAUUAAGGAGUUUCCAUCGUCGUAUUAUGAAGGCAUGAAGAUAAUGAAUGAUUUGGGAUUGGGUUACAAGAAAAUCCAUGCAUGUCCGAAUGAUUGCAUGUUAUAUUGGGGCGAAUUUGCAGGAAAAAGUGAGUGUCAUAUCUGCCACAGAUCAAGGUGGAAGAAUGUGAAAGAAAAGGAGGGUGAGAGUAGUGUGAAAGACAAAGGAACAUGUAAGAAGGGUGUUCCAGCUAAAGUGAUGCGGUACUUUCCUCUGAUCCCUAGACUAAAGAGACUUUACAUGUCAUCUAAAACAGCAUUGGACAUGAGAUGGAAUUUUGACCGCAAGGAUGGAAAUAUCAUAAGUCACCCAGCGGAUGGUGAAGCUUGGAAAAUGUUUGAUAAAAGAUAUGAGGAAUUCUCCAAAGAUCCUCGUAGUGUUAGAUUGGGUCUAGCAAGUGAUGGCUUUAAUCCACAUCGUUUGAUGAAUACUAGUUACAGUACAUGGUCGAUGAUCCUGAUUCCUUAA